AUGCUUUCAUGCGGGUACACGGUGUCCCUUCGACGUGCGGCCUUGACUGGCGCGACGCGUCUGGCCAGCUCUGGGCCCUAUAUUCGAAGAUGGCCUACUAAAAACAGCUUCCUGGCCAAGAGAUUCGCUGCAUCUCUACCAUUCGUCCGAAGCAAGGACCUGCCUACGGUUGACACCAUCUAUGCAUUGUCUACUGCCCCGGGCAGGGCCGCUAUAGCCAUCAUUCGUGUCUCCGGACCCGCAUGUCUUGACAUAUACGGAGCGUUGUGCCCGGACAAGCCGUUCCCUACUCCCAGAGUCGCAACUCUGCGCAAGCUAUAUACCCCUAGGACAGGUGACCAUGCUGCCGCCACGGUCCUUGACUCCGGCGCACUGGUCCUCUACUUCCCCGCUCCAGCCACUGUCACAGGCGAGGACAUCCUUGAACUACACGUUCACGGCGGCCCAGCCAUCGUCCGCUCCAUCCUCUCCGCAAUCCCACUUUCCAAUCCGCGCGACCGCCGCAAGCCAGCACACUACAGUCUUAUCCGGCCUGCCGAGCCGGGAGAGUUCACAAAGCGAGCCUUUUACAAUGGCCGCAUUUCCUUACCAGAAGCGGAGUCACUAGGAUCCCUGCUCGCCGCAGAAACAGAGCAGCAGCGCAGGCUGGCGGUGCUGGGCGCAGAGUCAGGUCUCGCGGAAAGAUACGAGCGAUGGCGACAGAUACUGCUGUACGCAAGAGGAGAGCUUGAAGCACUGAUCGACUUCUCCGAAGAUCAGCACUUCGAUGAGUCCCCCACAGAGUUGAUCGCUUCGGUGUCGAUACAAGUUAGGGCUUUGCAGGAGCAGCUACGGUUGCAUAUCCAGAAUGCUUCACGAGGAGAAUUGCUGCGAUCUGGCAUUCGGGUGGCUCUUUUGGGUGCGCCAAAUGCUGGGAAGUCUUCUCUACUGAACCGCAUCGUGGGUCGGGAAGCAGCUAUUGUGUCUUCGGAAGAAGGCACAACGCGAGACAUCGUCGAUGUAUCUGUUGACCUUGACGGAUGGCCCGUUCGACUUGGUGACAUGGCCGGGCUACGUACCACUCCAACUACCUCGUCUGCAACAAUCUCCUCACCCUCAGCUGCGAUCGGUGAGAUCGAGAAGGAAGGUAUCCGUCGAGCCCGUGCCCGUGCUCUGGACUCUGACGUUGUCAUCAUCCUGCUCUCUCUCGAAGCCAACGCUGAUGGUACUGUCGGCCUUCACUUGAACGACGAGGUGCGCGCCGCCGCAAAAGAGUGCCAGUCGGCCGGCAAGACCCUUGUUGUGGCCGUCAACAAGGCAGACCUUAUACCAGGCCUUGCUACCUCGGAAACGACUAAGACGGCUAUGCGACGCUACAUCUACAACACACUUCCCGGCCUCACCUCUGCUGACAUCCACUUUCUCAGCUGCAGAGAUUCGACUACCGCCACACUUUCGAGCUCUCCGAGCGCCACUGCAAGCACCAAGUCCACCACCAACGAAACAGCAACUUACUUCCCAGCCUUCAUGACCGCCCUAACGCAGACCUUCGCGAAGCUCACCUCCGCUGCCGCAACGACAACAUCUCCCUCGCCAGACGCCCACACCGCAUCAAGCACUCCUGAGCAAUUGCAGAUCACCCCACAAGAAGCACACUCCUACUACGCCGCUUCCCUCUCCGUCACGCACCGCCAGAAGACCGCUCGUGCGACUGGGGACAUCGAUCGGGACGUCGAUGACAUCCUCGCUCGAUCAUCCCCGCCGGCAUCGUCAUCGCAAGAAGAUGAGGGAGAAGUAGACAUCGUCGCCGCAGCAGAACACCUCCGCUACGCCGCGGCAGCUUUGGCUAAACUUACGGGCACGCAAAUGGGAGGAGAUGGUAGUGGUGGAGCAGGGGAUGUGGAGGAUGUAUUGGGUGUUGUUUUUGAAAAGUGA